AUGCUGAGGAUGUUGAAUACGGAGUUAGCCUGGAGGCUUGUAAAAGUUCUGUUUAGGGCUUAUCAAUACACAUGUUAUUUUUUUCUGUUUAUACUGUUGCUUCCGGUAAUAGCUUUAUACUUGUUUGAUCUAACGUUAUACCUUUGUCGGAUCGUUAGAUUCUGUUGCCGUUGGCAAGUUUAUCACAUUAAGAACCAAAGUGGGACCAGUAUAUCCUUUAUCUCACAAAGAAGACCGUCCGAACCGAGGGAAACAUGCCAUAGUUCAAGCAGUAGUAUUCUGAGUGAGCAAUCGCUGAGCGAUUGCUCUCUCAGUGAUACACCCUGUUUUACCAACUACUGUCUGACCAGUUCACCGAUUCGCAAGGGCUUUGCCUCCAGAAGAUCUACUAUUGCAGGGGGUGCAAGCCAUCAGGUGCGAUAUGCUCCUCUGAUCCCAGAAGAUAUAGCUGCUCUAGCAGACCCAGAACACUCAUUACGUCGCACCAAGUCCUCAGACCUUGUCCUGUCGCUGGAUCGAUACGACAUGCGUGCUAACAAUUGA